AUGUCUUCAAAUAAUAAAGGAAAAAAUAACUGUCAAGUAAUUUGGGUGAAACCAACUAUUGAGAAUGUUAUACCAUAUGUACAAUACAAACGUACCCAACCAGAAGAUAGUUUAGUAUAUGAUCCAAAUGCAAGAUCACAAGAUCUGUUAUUGGGAGGGGGCAGAGAUUUGGUAAUGAGCUUAAUGAACAACAUGGACCAGACAUCAAAUAAUAUUCUAUAUCAUAAUGACAACGACAACGACAACAAUAAUAAUAAUGAAAACAAUAAUGCAAGUUCAUUAGAUCCCGUUGAACUAUUUAUCUUAAACCACUGCAUAAUCCUAUGGUUUGAUGGUUUAGGUCAUGGUAUUCAAGUACCUUAUUCUUCUGUCAUAUAUCAUGCAUCUCGAAAAGUUAAUUAUCGGAAUGAGGGACAUCAACUGGAAAUAUUACUAUCAUUAGAAAGAGAUCCCACAUUGAAUGAAUUUUUUCCUCUAGAUACUCGAAGGACAAAGAUUGAAAAUGGAUUCGAUAUUAAUGAGUUUACAAUGUCAAGCGUGGAAAUAAUCUUAACUCCAAAAUAUUCUAUGUAUGAUCGCCAUUAUAAUACUAACAUUGAGACACUAUUUACAUUUUCUAAUUUUGGGAUCAACCGUGGAGAUGACAUGGUAAAUAACUGUAACGAAGCUCUGGCUAUUGGAUUAGAACUUACUUCCGAAACUGAGAUUGAUGGUAAUGCAGAAUCAUCUGAAGAACCAGGAAUGUCCUCGGCUGACCAAGAUGGAGCUAUAUAUACCGGGGUACAAGAUGCUAUUAAUGGAAGAUACAAUACCUUUAACAACACCGGUUUUGCCGAUGACCUGGAUAAUAAUGACAUAAUAAAUCAAGGUUAUUCUAGAGAUUCUACCGACGCUGGAAUGUCCCUUGAAUUGUAA